AUGUACGCUGGUGUACAGAAAUUUGUGAGAGGGUGUGUGGAUUGUGCGUCAGCCAAGGGGCGACCACCGGUCGUUGGCCCGUCACCUGGCAAUAUCGAACCGAGAUAUCCGUUCGAGGUGGUCUCUGUGGAUUUUGUCACUGAGCUACCUGAGUCCGAUCGUGGAAAGACAUACUUGUUGCUAUACAAGAUUAAUUCUCAGGAUAUGUCAUGUCCCAUGCGGAAUACCGAAGCACAGGAUGUUGCUGAGGCAUACGAAGAGUGUGUCUUCAGAAGAUUUGGGGCAAGUUCAAUGAUCAGACAUGAUCAGGAUCCUCGCUUCAUGAGCAAGGUCUUCGCUAGAUUCAGAGACCUUCUGAAGAGUAAGCAACGUGCGACGCUAGGAUACCGGCCUCAGGCCAAUGGACAGCAGGAACGCUCAGUCCAAACUGUAAUGCGAAGUGUCACAGCGUACGUCGCUGAAGUUGACCAGGGUGACUGGGACGAGCAUGCAGAACGGCGUAUGUUCGCCUUGAACACCUCGUUCGAUGCUGCGAGACUGGAUACCCCGUUUUACCUGGUCCAUGGCUGGGACGCCCAGGAAACCAUCUCUGCGAUGCUGGGCCCGAAGCCAUCCACAGUCCAAGAACGAACGGCUUUGGAGUGGCGUCGGAAGAUGCAACGAGAUUAUAGCUAUGCCCUUGCGUGCGCUGAAGACUUACAGAAGAAGUCGAAGCGUGCGAGAUCUGCUGCUCAGACUCGUAAGUGGAGAGAACUCUCGGAUCGUGUAAAGGCAGGUUUCGAAGCCGGUGAUUCGGUGUGGUUGUAUAUUCCCAAAGUUCGCACAGGAUUGAGUCGCAAGCUAGCUCACCUGUGGCAUGGACCUUUCCGAAUCGACGAAAUUCAUGACGACUUCAGAGUCAAGCUCAAGAUCCCAGGCACAGGCUACCGGGUGAACCCAUGGGUCCACAUUAGCCGCCUCAAACCGAGAGCUCUAUUCCCUGAACGACCGACCUCAGAGAUACAAGUCUCAGACGAUGACGAAUUUGACGCAGCUUUGAUACCCGAGGAUAGUUGGGAGCCAGACACUGCCCAGGAUGAGUACGAGGUCGAAGAGAUCCUAGAUCUCAGGUGGAUCAAACAACGGAUACCUCUGGUCCAGUUUAAUUGUGGGGCAUUGUUAUACGAGUUCAACCAGGGUGCUAAGGCAAGAGCACGUUUCCAAGCUAUGCAAGCUGGGGACAAUCACCGUGGGAACUAG